AUGGCCACUCUCCUUGGCCUGUUGACCUCUCCACGCUUGAUUCCUGGGCUGGCCGCUCUUCUGGUGCUGUACCUCGUCGUGGGGGCCGUUGUCAACUACCGCAAGCUCCGGCAGUUCAAAGGACCUCCGCUGGCAGCUGUCUCUCGAAUCUACAUCUUCUGGCAAUCUGUGCGCCACCGAUUCCACAUCUCCGAGUACGAGGCGCUGCAGAAAUAUGGAUCCCCGUGUCGUUUUGGCCCGAAUCUGGUCAUCACCGAUGAUGCAGACAUCAUCAGACACAUCAGCGCGCCUCGGUCGGCGUGGAGUCGUGCUGACUGGUAUGAUGCCAUGAGACACGAUCCGAGGCAAGACUCGGUCUUUUCCACCAAGGACGAAAAGCACCACGCCGAUCUACGAGCCAAGAUGAUAGGGGCAUACAUUGGGCGCGACAUCGACACAAUCGAGCCGGAAACCGACAAGAUAGUGGUGGACUUUGUCAACCUCAUCAAGACGACAUAUAGCGGCAAGGCCAUGGAUAUAUCAAUCACGUCUCAAUUCUUCACGCUGGACGUGCUCAGCGCCGUGGCGUUUGGGCAACCCUUCGGAUACGUCAAGGCGAACCGCGAUAUCUACAAUUACACGCAGGCUAGCACGGCGUUCCUGUCAGCCCUGGAGCUGGCCAGUAACCACGCCUUCGUCCGCUGGGUAUUCUACUCGCCACUGUUCCGCUGGCUGGCGGCGCCCAAGGACAGCGACGAGUUCGGCAUCGGACCCAUCCUCCGCAUCGCGCACGACGCCGUGGCCGAGCGGUUUGCCGGCGACCAGUCCAGCAGCGGUGGCGGUGGCGCCAAAGCGAGCGUGGCCGGUACGACGAGGCGCGACAUGCUGGGCCACAUGGUCGGCAAGGGCUUGAACCAACUCGAGUGCGAGGUUGAAGCGUACGUGCAGAUCAUCGGCGGGGCCGAGUCGACCACCUCUACCAUCCGCACCACCAUGUACCUGCUGCUCUCGAACCCCGGGGUGUAUGCCAAGCUGCGCGCCGAAAUCGACGCCGCCGUUGACCGCGGCGACAUCUCCUACCCGGUCGUCACCUACGCCCAGGCCAGACAGCUACCCUACCUCCAGGCCUGCAUCUGGGAAGGCCUGCGCAUGUAUCCGCCGCUGUUCGGGCUCAAGUCCAAACUUGCCCCGCCGGGCGGCGACACCAUCAAGGGAAUCUACUUCCCCGAGGGCACCGAGGUCGGCCUCUGCGACGCCGCCAUGUGUCGACGCAAGGACAUCUUCGGCGACGACGCUGACGUCUUCCGUCCCGACCGCUGGGUCGACGCCGAUCCGGCCACCCGCGCCCUCUACGAUCGCACCGUCCACACCAUCUUCGGCGCCGGCAGGUAUGAGUGUCUCGGUAAGCAUAUCGCCAUGGUCGAGCUGCACAAGGUGUUUGUCGAGUUGAUCCGCAACUUCGACUGGGCCAUCUCCAACCCUCUCAAGGGCAUCGUGCAUUAUGGCCACGGCGUGCACGUCCAGAAGGACAUGUUUCUCACGGCUUGGCCGAGACAACACUAG